CGAGACGUAAAGACCUAGUAAAACAAUUAAUUUUAAUGAAAAUAUAGUUGUGAAAAACGUGUCAUGUCUAUGAAACGGUUAGCUAUUUUAGCUGCAGUUGGACAUAGUAAUGGUGGUUUAAAUGGUACUUACACAAUAUUAGGAGCAAAUAUGACUACAUCACCAGGAGGCGGUAUUCAUAGUGGUAGUGGUCGUGGAAAUGGUUCUAUACAUGGUAAUGUAAAUGUUUUAUUAGGAGGAGCUAUGCUUAGUGGCGUAAUAUUAGUGGUUGUUUUUGUAUGUUAUUGUUGUCAUCGAAGUAUACGAAAAAAUUCACAACCAUAUUCACCGUAUUGGAGAGAGCCAGAAGUACCCUUAGAAGUAUUUACGUUAGCAGCACAAGCACAUUGUUAUGAAAGUGCUGGUUUAUUUUUGGCAAAUGAUGUGGAUCAAUAUGGUAACAGUGCUGCAUGUAUUCCACGUGUUCCAACACCGGGACCACCACCCGCCUAUGAAACAGUAAUUGCAGCUGAGAAGGAUAAACAUUCAAUAGCAUCGUCACGCGACGAACAAUUUGAAAUGGAAACUAAUUUUACAAAUAACAAUAAUAGUAAUAACAAUAAUAAUAAAAUUCAAAGGACAAAUUCAAAUAAUACUAGUGGAGUAGUUUUACGAGAUGAAUUACCUAGUGAUGAGACAGGCCUUCCUACAUACGAAGCCGCGUUACGUUUAGAAGCCGGUGAUUACGUUUGAUAUUUUUUAUUUAAUUUUUAUUGGUAAAACAUAAAGAUAAACAUAUCGAGAUAUAGUUUUUAUUUUUAUUAAGUCGACAGCU